UUUUCCAACACCAAACUAAACUCCUUCAAAGAAAAAAAAAAGAAUAUGGAGUUUACUACGAAAAUAACAUCAUUCUUUCUCUUAAUUAUCUCUCUCCUAAUCCCGACGACGACCACUGCCACAUGCACUAACGCCUUUUGUCGCCGUGGCGAUCCCAUCAUCCGUUUCCCUUUCCGUUUAAAAUCCCACCAACCCCAAUCUUGCGGUUAUGACAAAGGGUUCGACUUAACGUGCGGUAAUAAUAACGGCGUUAACCGAACCACCAUAACACUACCAUUCUCUGGUGACUUCACGGUCGAAACGAUCGAUUACGAGGCUCAAGAGAUUUUACUCUCCGACCCACAUAACUGUCUUCCCAAACGCAUCUUAACGCUAAACCUCACUUCGACGCCGUUUGACGGUGAUUACACACGUCCGUUCACGUUUUUUAGCUGCCCGACGUCGGAAUAUCUUUCUUUCAGGAGUUCCAAUCCGAUAACGUGUUUGAGCAAUAAGACCAGCACGGUGUUUGUGACUACUUCGCCUAGAGUGGUGAACCACCUGUCGGCUCAGCCGUGCCAGUUAAUGAAAACCGUUGAGGUUCCGGUUCGUUGGCAGGUUUAUGAGCAGGCCGUUUCGUAUUGGGGACUGAGUGAUAACAUCUGGCUCACUUGGAGGGUCCCGAGAUGCCGCCGGUGUGAGGGACCUGAGGGUAGAGGUGGUAAGUGUGGGAUUAAGAGUAAUUCUUCUCGUGAAAUCGUAUGCUCUGAUCCUCCUAAACCAGCUAUUCCGAGAAGAGUCCGUUAUGCAAUAGCCAUCGGUGCAGGGAUCCCAGGAACUUUAGUCCUCUUCGGUGUUGUUUGUUUCGUUUACAGCAAGAUUAACGCCUGCAUCAAACGACGCCAUCUUAUCUCACAUCCAGAGAUCAACAAUACUCAAGCCCAUUCUUCUCAGUCCAGUAUCAUGAUAAAGGGUUUAGAUGGGUCUACUAUAGAGUCGUAUCCAAAAAUAGUAUUAGGCGAAAGCAAAAGGUUACCCAAAAUAGACGAUGUCACAUGUGCUAUCUGUCUAUCAGAGUACGAGCCCAAGGAGACGCUUAGGACAAUACCAUUGUGCCAACACUGUUUUCACGCCGACUGUAUCGAUGAGUGGCUUAAAUUAAACGGGACUUGUCCCGUGUGUCGAAACUCUCCCGAUCAAAUUUUGUCAUCUGAAAACAUUAAUUCUUAGUUAGUCACUCGUGUUAUUAUUGUUUGCGUCAUUUGUAAGUAGUUUAUAAGCAGUGUUUUCCCCCAGUUCCACUGUUAACAUUAUAUUGAAAUCAUUCUUUUAUACAGUAAUAAAUCAUUUGUUUUUAUCGUUA